UAUUUUCUGAAUCUCCCGGAUUUCACCAUGUCUUGGUGUAGCAUGCUCUUCUUGAGUUUGACACUGUCCUUCUUCGCAGAUGUUGGAGCAGACCAAAUUCCAUGCGAAGAAUCCAAGUGCGGAGACGAUGGCGUGGCUAUCAGAUUCCCCUUCAGACUCAAACAUCAGCCAAACCACUGUGGCUAUCCCGGGUUUGAGUUAUCUUGCGACGGUUCACAUACGGUUCUUGAACUGCCAAUAUCUGCAAAAUUCUUUGUGAGACGUAUAGAUUAUAAGUCUCAGAGGAUUGAAAUGUAUGAGCCAAGUAAUUGCUUCGUGAGAGAGUUUUUAAAGAUCCGCAACUUAUCAACUUCACCCUUUCAUUUCGGGUCGGACCUCGAUAACUAUAGCUUCUUCAAUUGUUCUGAAGAUACCCUCGGUUAUUCUCCUUAUUAUGAUACCCUCCAGUGCUUUGGUGGCAGCAGCUACAAAAUCUACGCCGUUCCAUCUGACUCUGCGAUUGAGGAAUUGCCCACAAAUUGCUUCAAGAUAUAUAACACAACUCUUCCAUCAACAAAGUAUAACCGCCCAAACCAAAGUUGGCUUCGUUUGAGUUGGCAAAAACCGAAUUGCGGUCAAUAUUGUGAAACAAAGCGAAAGAAGUGUCGUCUCAAGAGCAAUGCCACCAAAGUUGAAAUUAAAUGUUUUAAUCCCAAACCCAAACCAAGAAAAGGUGAAUCAACGAAAUUUGUCGCCAUUGGUGGGGCACCGAUUCUCGCACUACUACUCCUCGUCGCUUAUCGUGCUUAUAGUUCUAAUAAACUGGAAAAAGACACUCAACGGAGAAUAAAGAAUUUUCUGGAGGAUUAUAGAGCUCUAAAGCCAAGCAGAUACUCAUAUGCUGAUAUUAAGCACAUUACAAGUCAGUUCAAAGAUAAGUUGGGGGAAGGAGCCUUUGGAACUGUCUUUAAAGGAAAGCUCUCAGAAGAUUUUUUUGUUGCUGUCAAGAUCCUCAACAACUCAAAAGGAAAUGGGGAAGAGUUUAUAAAUGAAAUCGGGACAAUAGGCCGAAUUCACCAUGUCAAUGUGGUUCGCUUAGUUGGCUAUUGUGCCGAUGGAUUCAGACGAGCUCUUGUUUAUGAAUUCUUACAUAAUGGUUCAUUGCAACAGUACAUAUCCUCACCAGACACCGAUCAUUUCCUUGGUUGGAAGAAUCUGCAAGAUGUUGCUUUAGGCAUUGCCAAAGGGAUUGAAUAUCUGCACCAAGGAUGUGAUCAACGAAUCCUUCAUUUUGAUAUCAAACCUCACAAUGUUUUGUUAGAUCAUAAUUUCACUCCAAAAAUUUCUGAUUUUGGUUUGGCCAAGUUGUGUUCCAAGGAUCAAAGCAUAGUGUCAAUGACUACAGCUAGAGGCACCAUGGGGUACAUUGCACCUGAAGUUUUCUCUAGAAACUUCGGAAAUGUCUCCUAUAAAUCGGAUGUUUAUAGUUUUGGAAUGUUGCUGCUUGAAAUGGUUGGAGGAAGGAAAAUUACAAACGUGACGGAGGAUAACACAAGCCAAGUUUACUAUCCCGAAUGGAUCUAUAAUCUUCUAGAAGAUGGCGAAGAUCUAAGAAUCCGUAUCGAGGAAGAGGGAGAUUCCACAAUUGCAAAGAAACUUGCAAUUGUAGGAGUCUGGUGCAUCCAAUGGCACCCGGUGGAUCGUCCUUCCAUGAAAGUUGUGGUUCAGAUGCUCCAAGGAGGAGAAACUCUAAGCAUGCCGCCUAAUCCUUUUGCCUCCACCGAUUCAACUUCAGCAGUUGCCAAUAUGCCUAGAAGACGUAUGAACUUUGGAUUAGAUGUUAUAGCCGAGUCAGAGUAAUUAUGAGAUUAGCAAAUAUUUUUCUUGUAUAUGAAUGUAAGCAUAUUUGUUUUCUGAAACAGUUGCCAAUAUGCCAAACUAGUGUUAGCAACUUCAUCUUUGUGAAUCUUCGUCAGCAAAGUUUGUCCCCAAAUGAAGGAAAUCAAGGAAAAAGAUUGUAUCGAGAUAUACUCGUUGGAUAGUCUUCUAUUAUUGAUCGUUAUAUUUUCUAAAUUUAAUGAAAUAAUAAAAGCUCUUA